AUAACUAAAGAAGAGAAAGCUUAAUAGUAAAAAAAUAACUAAAAUUAGUCUGCUCUUUAUUCUUAAUUGAGCUAGCUUAUAGAGUUUCAAAUGAAGAACAGAAAAUUUACUUUUUUUCAAAUUUACAGUCAAUAUCAAGUAUCAAAAUUGAAAAAAGCUUCCAAUUUUUAUAAGUUUAAUGGCUAGAUAAAAGAAAGAAGGAUUCUUGUGAGUAAUAUGUUUAAAAAACAACAUAUUUUUGUAUUUUUAGUGAAAAUACAUGAUAAAGUUAAAAUAUUCAUUCUCUAGUAGAUUAAAGGCUUUGCUCUUUUAGAAUUCUGA